AUGAAAGACGUACCUGUGGCAAUGAUAAGGGGAGUUGAAGAAAUCAAUGUUGUUUUGAGAGCAAUUCAAGUUGAAGCUGACCACCUAGGAACUAGAGAAGUCGUUGGUUCACAGGACUGUGCAUUUGAAAGAACUUCCAACUAUGAAGGCCAACCUGAGCCACAUAUUCCAGAGAAGGACAUGAUGUUGGCAAAGGAAUCGAUAGAACGUUUGCACAGAACAUGGGAGGACCUCUUCUGCUCUCGCGUUGCCGGCUCAGGGGGCCAGAGCCACAACACCGUUGCCUUCUGGAGUUCCUCCUGCGAGGCCUCCAGUCUGAACCACCACAAUGGGACAUUAAAAACUGAGCAGGACAAAGCUUCCAGUCUUAAUCGCUCACUGAGCCAGGUUGCCUGUGGGAAAUUCACCAUAAUCCCCCUGGCCAAUGCACCACCAUGGUCACCUUUCCUGGACAUGGAAAGGUCAUACGUUCAGGCCAGCAGUGAGGCCCUGGCCUGCACCCUCUCUUCAAAUUGCUGCUGUCUGUGGCUGGGCUCCGUAGCUGUCCCCUUCUGCUUCCUUCCUAUGGCCAUUUAUACAGCCCUCGGCCUCCUCGAACAUUUGCAGUGCUAUCCUUAUAGGCCAGAAGAGUCAGGCUCAGAGGGAUACAGCCAGUGGUCCAAGGUCAAGGACAUAAAGACACCUUCACACCAGCUCUGCAUGCGGCCGGCCUCGCUCCUGCACAUCUGGGGACACUUGGGGGCAGAGCUUUCUUUUAGUGUUCUAGCAUCCUUCUAUAAUGCUGAAGAUGAGUCAAACCUUCUCUUACCUAAGCUGCCCACAUUACCAAAAAAUUAUAGCAGCACCUCAAAAAUAUUUAGUGAGGAGAAUUCUGAUGAAAUUAUUAAACUCUUGGGAGAUGUUAGAUUAAAUAUUCUUGUCCUUGGAGGAAGCUAUGGAUUUAUUGAGCUUUAUGCUUAUGGGAUGUUCAAAAUUGCUCGAGUCACAGGGAUUGAUGGCACUUGUCUUGCAUUGUUUCUAUCAAGUGAUUAAUCAUUAUCAGUGGUCACAGAGGUUUCCACUGGUGGCCCUUCAGAGGUUUCAUACUUUCAGGUAUGUACUGGAAUACUCUACUCCUUCUUACCUGAAGUAACUCGGAUGGCCAGGAAGCUUACUCACAUUUCAGCUCUGUUGCAGUAUAUAAAUUUGUCACUGACAUGUAUGUGUGAAGCAUGGAAAGAAAUACUGAUGCAGAUGGAUUCUCAUCUCACUAAGUUUGUGCAGGUAAUGUAACUGACUUCAUGUGGAAAGAGUUUAAAAGAUGAAUUUAUACAAUUGCUGUUGUGGGGGAAGGCAAGUGCUGAACUUCAGACCCUUUUGAUGAACCAGCAAACUGUAAAGGGCUUAAAAAAGCUUGGCCAGUCUAUAGAAUCAUCAUAUUCCAAUAUUCAGAAGUUGGUUAUAAGCCAUUUGCAGAGUGGCUCAGAGUAUUUAUUGUAUCAUUUGAGUGAACUGAAAGGAAUGGCUUCAUGGGAGGAAAAAUACAAACCCCUUGGACUGGAUGCUACAGGAAAUCAAGAUGCUAUUACUGCUGUGGGUUCUUUUAUACUCAAGGCAAAUGAAGUUCUUCAUUAAAUAAUGGACAGUAGUAUGAAGAAUUUCAAGGCAUUUUUCCGUUGGCUUUAUGUGGCCAUGUUGAGAAUGACUGAAAACCAUGUGCUUCCUGAGCUGAAUAAGAUGACUCAGAAAGAUAUCACAUUUGUUGCUGAAUUUCUUACUGACCAUUUCAAUGAGGCUCCAGACCUUUAUAAUCGAAAAGGAAAAUACUUUAAUGUUGAAAAUUUUGGGCAAUAUUUGAAAGAUGAAGAUGAUAACCUUGUGUCACCCCCUAACACGGAAGGAAACCAGUGGUAUGACUUCCUCCAAAACAGCAGCCAUCUUAAAGAAAGCCCUUUGCCGUUUCCUUAUUAUCCUCGAAAAUCAUUGCAUUUUGUGAAAAGGCGGAUGGAAACCAUUAUUCAUCAGUAUUUGCAAAUGCCAGCGGAUAUAAUUGGAAAAUCAAUGAAUCAAGCCAUCUGUAUUCCAUUAUAUAGAGAUGCUAGAAGGUAAUCUUCUUUACCUGUUAGGUGGAAUAAUAAAAGUUCAAAUCUACAGUAUCUUCUUUUUACUAUUUUAGAAGACUCACGGUGUAAAAUGUUUAUCUUAAGAAGGCAUGCUGAUAUUUCCCAGUCUGUGAGUCAUGGACUAAUUGCUGUGAAAUUUGGGAGCUUCACCUAUGCUACAAUUGAAAAAGUCAGAAGAAGGUAACACCCAAGCCUGAUUUGGGACAGAAGCACGUGGGAUGUAUCAACUACAGCUGUCAUUCUUAAAGACACCAUGGGACGUGAAGGAAGAGACAGACUCUUGGUCCAGUUGCCAUUGUCGUUUGUGUAUAACAGUGAAAAUGCUGCAGGGUAUCAAUUCACUGGAACUUAUGCCACAAGGCUAGAUGAACAAAGCAGUGUUAUUCCCACACAUACCCUGCACUUUGAGAAGCACUGGCGGUUACUGGAGAGUAUGAAAGCUCAGUACAUUGCUGGGAAUGGUUUUCGCAAAGGGUCCUGUGUGUUAAGUUCGAGUCUCCGUGAUGUGAAAGUAUUUGAAAUCGACGUCGAUGACGAAUGGGAGCUGGAUGAGUCUUCAGAUGAAGAGGAGGAAGCCAGUGGUAAGCCUGUGAAGAUCAAGGAGGAAGUGCUGUGUGAGUCAGAGACAUAGGCCCACCACGCCUCUGCUAAUGCUCUAGCCCCAGAAAUAGUGGUCAAUGUGGAGAAGCUUUACCCUGAACUGGACUCAUAA